CGUAGCCCCGAUCCCUAGUCUUCACGUCGCUAAUAUUGGCUCCGGACAAGCCUGUAAGGAAUGUCGUAGGAGGAAAUCUAAAUGUGAUAGAGCGAUCCCGUAAGCGCACUGCUUGGGUCUCUCAUGUUUCACUCUAACACUGACAACAGAGCUUGCCAGCCAUGCGUCAAAUACCGUAGGCACUGUCUCUACGAGAAGCACUCGCGCACGCCACUUACGCGCAGGUAUCAUCCAUCUACUGCUCCAUGACAAGGUGCUGUGAGAACAUGGACUGAUGUGCCUCAGGCAUCUCACAGAAGUGGAGGAGAAACUCGAGCGCGCGAAACUUGUAAUCGCUCAGCUCCGAGCGCAGGCGUCUGCCUCCCUACCUUUACCACCUGAAAGCACCCAGCCUAUUCAGGGGUUUGGUCCUGAGUUAACUCGGCCGGAACACUUCUCACAGUCUUUUUUGCCCGCUAGUGAGUCUGACCAAAAUCACGUAGGAUCGUUAACUCGACGCCACUCAGGCCGCAGCGAUAUAAAUCGGCCUCCAGCUCAGUCUUGGGACAGCUACAUCUCGCAGGUUGACAGCCCCGACGUCAGAGAAUCGGCAAGCAGCUCACAGGAUGUUCGAGACAUUCUUGAAGCUUCUCCCAAAGAUGAAUUUGAAUGGGAUGAGCAAGAGGCCAUGACCAGCAAUUCUGCUUCGCCUGAUGUGAUAGGCAAUACCAUCGAGGACGGAAAUGAGUCAGCCAUCACUGAUGGUAUGGCAUCUCUGGCGGUUAACGAAAGAGAAUCCGGGUAUCUAGGCGUUGCAUCAGGGGCUGCACUACUCCGAAUAUUUGCGACAACGCCUAGAGUACGUCUCGAUUUCACCACCUCCCGGGCUUCAGGCCAGAUCCGCGAAAGACGCCAUUCUCUAAUAUCGCAGCCGGACACAACUUGCCUAAUCGCCGAUGCAAUGAUUGAUGCGUAUUUCAGCCAAUACCAUUUGAGCUACCCUAUAAUCCAUGAACCUACCUUCCGUGCUCAGUAUUCUGAGGUGAUACCGCGUCCCCACGGCGACUGCUGGUUUAUUUUAGCCUACAUGGUGGCAACUAUCGGUGUUUGGACGACGGCAACGAAUCUCGAAAAUCUUGAUAUCGAACUCUUUGCUCAAGCACGAGCUCUAUUAUCCUUCAAUGUCCUCGAAGUUGGAAAUAUUACACUGGUUCAAGCUUUGACGUUAAUAUCGAAUUAUGAACAGAAGAGAAACAAGCCAAACUCCGGUUACAAUUACAGUGGCUUGGCGAUGCGUGUAGCAAUGGGGUUGGGACUACACAAAGAGUUUCAAAACUGGAACAUCUCGCCUCUUUCAAUGGAGAUCCGGCGCAGAAUCUGGUGGUCUCUCUAUAUCUUUGAGGUCGGAGCGACUAUCACAUUCAGUCGACCUCAUUCAUGGCCACGCGAAGGGGUUGAAACGUCGUUACCUCUGAAUAUCGAUGAUAAAUCUUUGACUGCCCUUUCGAAAGUGUAUCCGAAAGAAGUUGAUGAAAUCACGCCCUACACGGCUCUAAUCACACAAGCAAAGUUCCAUACGGCCACAACUCCCAUAUAUUGCCGUGUCAUUUCCAAACCUCCCCCCUCCGCUAAUGAACUUCUCAGUAUGGAAAGCAGGCUUAUCGAGCCAUGGUUGAGAAGCCUGUCUCAAUACUUUUCUGAAGACACCGAGACUUCUCAGAGGUAUCGUCACGCCAAUUUAGUCAUGAAGUGGAGGUUACGGAACUUCCGAAUCAUCAUGUACCGGCCUUUCGUCAUCCGGAAGGCUCUUAACGCCCGCGAUCAUCGCUAUCCUGAGUCGCCAGAUGACCUGAGAGCGUAUGAUAUAUGCCUGAAUCAAGCCAGAGAGACAAUUACUAGCAUCAGCACCCAUGUCGCUGCGACAAAGUGUAAUCGCUUAGAGGCGUGGUAUACACUUUAUUUCCUUUUCCAAGCUGCCCUAAUACCAUGUAUUUGCCUCCGAAGUGACCCCGGCUCAUCUGCUGCCGAUGAUUGGAAAGAGCAAAUCGUUUCGGCAUGCAAAUCGAUCGCAGCUCUAGCUUCACUAAACUCAAGCUCAGCACGGUGCUGCCAAGCUAUAGCAGAACUUUGUGGCCAAUUUGUCGACAUUUCUCAUCUGUAUCGCCAAAAUACCUGUCCAUCAGAUCAGAGUCUAUACGAUGAAUCUAACCAACCCGAGCCGGCCACAGGACAACAUAUUAUGCCAAACUCGUCACAUCCUGUUGGCGAAAGCUCUCAAGGCAGACCAGAUGAACAUUUGCCUUUGUUCUGGCCUGGCACUGGUUCAUUCAACACAGCAGACGUGUUCAUGGAGGACGAGGCUUGGACUAAUCUUCUGCGGAGUACUGCAGAUGAAUGGUGGCCUGAUGGCUCAUGAAUGAGAUUCCAUGCAGUGAAACACUACAGCUAUGGCGAUAGGCAGAACUUUCUUAUCAACAAACUUGCUGAACAGUGCCACAUCAAGGGGUGAACACCAACUAUAACUUAAUCUCGUCUGGGCCCUUAAGGCAGGGUGUAUCCGCCAUCGAUAACCAUAUUAGCUCCUGUCUUUUGCGU